AGCUUGAAAACCGGCCAAGUGGACUUGUAAAACACUCAAGGGAACUUGGAAAACACUCAAGGGGACUUGUAAGUCGGUCAUUGGUACCAGUAAAUCAGCCGGUGGGACUUAUAAAUCAGCCAAGGGGACUUAUAAACCAGCCAAGGAGACUUUUAAAUCGAUUAUGGGGAUUUGUAAACCAGUUAGGCGGACUUGUUAAACAGUAAAGGGCACUUAUAAAAUAGCCAAGUGGGCUUGUGAGUCAGUCAAGGGAACUUAUAAACCAGCUAAAUAAACUUUUAAACCAUUCAAGGGGACUUAUAAAAUCAGCAAAGGAGACUUACAAACCAACCAAGGGGACUUACAAAUCAAUGAAGGGGACUUGUAAACCAGACUCAACAUUGGGUAACUGUUGUAAUCGCGUUAGAAAACACUAACUAUCUGUAUCUGUUUAAAGACUAGCUGCUCCAGCUCAGCGUGACGACGGGUCCCAAGCUGCGUGAGUGACAGCCGUGAGUGCCGUGAGCUCAGAGGUAUCCUUGUGAGAGCUGCAACAUGAUCUGGCUGGACGGUGCAAUGGAGGUGAUGCCAUGCAUAAUCAUCAUCUCCUUUGUCAUUUUCAUGCUCACCCGGCUAUUCAGGAGAAAGCCCAAGGAGAACCUGAUGGACCAGGUGCCGGGACCUCCGCCGUUUCCCAUCAUCGAAAAUGCCCUGCAGAUCCUGACUGACUCCAAAGUCUUGUUUAGCUUCGUGCUUGCCAAUAGUUACAUCUGGAGCAGGAGAGGACCCAUCUACCGCGUUAGAUAUGGACACGUAGACCGUAUUAAUAUUGUCAAGGCCGAUGCAGUCGAGGCAGUACUCAGCAGCAGCACACAUCUAGACAAGAGUCCCGACUAUGACUUCCUUCAUCCCUGGUUAGGCACCGGCCUUCUCACCUCUACUGGCACUAAGUGGCACUCCCGCAGGAAGCUGUUGACUCCGGCCUUCCACUUCAAGAUCUUGGAAGACUUCUUGGAGGUGUUCAAUAACCAGAGCAACAAAUUAGUUCACAAACUGCAACAUCAGGCGGAUGGAAAACCCUUUGAUGUCUUCCCAUACAUUACGCUCUGUACGCUUGAUAUCAUCUGUGAAACGGCGAUGGGACAGAGCAUCAACGCUCAAGAUAACAAUGAUUCUGAAUACGUCAGAGCUGUCAAUAGGAUGACUACACUGCUUCUGGAGAGGAUGGCCCGCCCCUGGGAGCACUCAGAGUUUCUCUUUAACCUGCUGGGGUCUGCCAAAAAGCACAAAGCCUGCCUCAAAACCCUCCACGACUUCUCCAACAGUGCUAUCAGAAUGAAACGUCAUAUAAAGGAAAGGGAACGUGAGGAGCCGGAUGCUGCUGCUGACGAGGUUAUUGGGAAGAAGAAGCGCCUGGCCCUGCUGGACCUGUUGCUGGAGAGCUCGUCUGAAGGUGUGAAGUUAUCUGACGAGGAUAUCCGCGAGGAGGUGGACACUUUUAUGUUCGAAGGUCACGACACCACAACCGCUGCCAUCAACUGGGUCCUCUACCUCAUCGGCUGCUACCCGGAAAUCCAGGUUCGAGUCCAGGAGGAGCUGGACGGCAUCUUCGGCGGAACUGAUCGCCCAGCCACCAUGGCAGACCUCAGACAGAUGAAAUACCUUGAAAACUGCAUCAAAGAAGCGCUCAGACUCUACCCUUCUGUUCCUUUCCUUUCAAGACAGCUUAAGGAGGAGACUGUCAUUGGAGGGUAUCGCAUUCCGGCCGGUACACCAGUCAUGAUCAUCAUCUAUCGCCUCCACCGCGACCCUGACCAGUUCCCAAGCCCGGAAGCGUAUGACCCUGACCGCUUUUUAUUGGAGAACACCAUGAAGCGCCAUCCCUACGCCUACAUUCCCUUCAGCGCCGGCCCCAGGAACUGCAUCGGUGAGAGAACUUAUACCCUUAAUUUUUUUUAAAAGAUGGACCUCUAAACCAGAGGAAAGACUCAGUCAGAUGACCAAAAGCUCCAGCUGCCGGUUAUCAUAUGAC